AUGGACAGAACACUGGCAAAUACCCUGGUGCUGUCUAUGGUGCUGGGCUGUUCAACUGCCCUAAUGGAUGCUUUGGUGCCAAACUCCAGGGAACCUGUGGUAAACGUGGCUGUGGUUUUCAGCAGCUCUUCAUACUCGCUCCAUAUCCGGAGCCGACUGACAUACCAGAGCUUCUUGGACAUGCCUUUAGAGAUCCAUCCAGUCACUGUGGUGGUCAAUGACACUAACCCUAGUACACUCUUGACUCAGAUCUGUGACAUGCUCUCCAGCACAAAAAUCCAUGGAAUUGUCUUUGAGGACAACAUUGGUACAGAAGCUGUGGCACAGAUUCUUGAUUUCAUCUCAUCCCAGACCUAUGUGCCUAUCAUUAGUAUCAGUGGAGGAUCUGCUGUAGUCCUUACACCUAAGGAGUCUGGCUCUGCCUUCCUACAGUUGGGUGUCUCAAUUGAACAGCAGAUACAAGUGAUCUUCAAAGUCUUGGAGGAAUAUGACUGGAGCUCCUUUGCUGUAAUCACCAGCCUCUAUCCAGGAUACAGUAUCUUCCUGGAUGUAAUUCGGUCCUUCACAGAUGCCAGCUAUUUUGGCUGGGAGAUCCAAGAUGUCUUGACCUUUGAGAUGACACAGGAUAUGAGCAACUCCAAACUGCAGAAAUUGCUGCGUCAGAUAGAUGCUCAAGUAAUGAUUGUCUAUUGUUCACAAGAGGAGGCAGAGUUCCUUUUCCAGGUGGCAGAGCAGGCUGGUUUGAUUGGCCCUGGCUAUGUCUGGAUUGUGCCUAGUCCAACAGUGGGGAACAUGGAUGUGCCACCUAUCUCUUUCCCUAUUGGCCUCAUCAGUGUGGCCACUGAAAGCUGGAAAAUGAGCCUGAGACAAAAGGUCCGGGAUGGAGUAGCUAUCAUUGCCGUAGGAGCUGAGAGCUAUUUCAAGACCCAUGGCUAUCUCCCCAUGGUGGGCAGAGACUGCAAUAGCAAAACCCCUUCUAGUGUACCAACAAACACUUUCUAUAGGCAUUUGCUCAAUGUGACAUGGGAAAACAGAGAUUUCUCCUUCAACAAAGGUGGUUACUUGGUGAGGCCCACCAUGGUGGUGAUUUCACUGAAUCGGCAUCGACUCUGGGAGAUGGUGGGGAAAUGGGAAAAGGGAAUUAUCCGCAUGGAAUACCCAGUGUGGCCACGCUAUGGAUCCUUCCUGCAGCCCAUGUCAGAUAAUCGCCACCUCACAGUGGCUACCCUUGAAGAAAGACCAUUUGUGAUUGUGGAGAACACAGACCCUUCCACUGGAGUAUGUGUCCGCAAUACAGUCCCUUGCCGGAAACAGACCAACUCCUCUGAAAG